AUGAAAAACACAGAGUCCAGGCUCGCUAUCAUACUGCUCGAUCAAGGGCUGUUCACGGUCUACAAGCGACUGUUUGUGGUUUGCUUCGCUCGGAACAUUACGUGUUUGGUUCUAGCAGCCACAGGCCAGUUCCCUUAGGCCAGGAACAGAGCAGCCCUGUUCUCCAUCGCAAACAUUUUCGCUUUGACGCUAUGUCGAAGCGAGGCCUUUUUGCGGGUUGUCUUCUGGCUCGCCGUCAACCUCUUAGGCUGGUCAUGGAUUCCUCUUUUUGUCAAGACUGCUACAACAUCUCUUCUCCAGAGUCUUGGCGGCGGUUGCGGCGUUUCUUCUAUUGCGUGGUUAAUUUACGCCUUGGUUCUGGCUCUUAAAGACAAGGAUAACACUUCCUCUGCAAUUAUAGCCCUGGCCUCGGUCAUUCUCGGCCUUCUUUGCCUCUCUUCACUCCUCUGGGCCUCUAUCAAUCUCACAAGAUCAUACUUCUCAAACUCCAACACUUACACCAGGGAUCUCAAAUCAAGGCUUGCAAAACAAAAAGAAUUCUGGUUCACAAUUGCCAUUACCAUGCUAAUUAUCAUCCCAUGGCUAACAGUUAGACGCGCGCCGGUUAAAGUCUCUGCUCCUUCGGGCCAUGCCUUGAUUAUCAAGUUCAAAGGAGGAGUGAAGGCUGGAAUACUUGACAGAAUUAGCCCGUCCCCGUUCUCCGAAUGGCACGCGUUUGGAUUCAUCUCCGACGGGAAGGAAGAGCACAUGAUGUUGGCAGGAGCCGUGGGGGACUUCACUAAAUCGCUGGUUACGAACCCGCCGAGCCAUUUGUGGGUUCGGCAAGUGCAUUUCUCAGGAUUGCCUUAUCUAGUGAACAUGCACAAGAGAGUUUUGUUGGUGGCUACCGGGUCAGGAAUCUGCGUGUUCCUCUCGUUUCUGUUACAGCGGAGUUCGGCGAAGGUAUUGGACUGUGGAUAUCCCAAAGACAAGGUUAUAGUUCAUGACACGGCCCUGUUGGGAAGGCCUAAUGUGUCGCAGAUGAGCGUGGAAGCUGCGAGAGCGUGGGGAGCAGAAGUGGUGAUCGUGACGAGCAAUCCUCAAGGCAGCAGGGACGUGGUUAAUGCAUGCACGGCUGCUGGAAUUGCAGCGUUUGGCCCCAUAUGGGACUCUUAA